AUGGCUGCAGUCCAUGACAAGAAGAUUUUCGAUUUGUCAAAAGUCUCGGAUUUUUUGACAGUAAAGCGAGGAUUUGAUGAUUACCAAUAUCCUGUACUUGCCGACCGGGGCUAUAUUGGAAUCCAGAAAUAUCACCUUACUGCCGUGGUGAUGAAGAGAAGCCACGAAGAAGCAGACGUUGAACGCAACAACGCCAUUGCCCAAGACAGGCAGAUUGUCGAGCGUUUCUUUGCACGUUUCAAGUCAUGCUGGUCCUGCAUGAAAAAUGGUUUUCGAGGUGAGCGCACAUCACUUCCUCUGAUCAUAUCAGGUUUAGUCGGUUUGACAAAUUAUAACAUUGAUGGAUCACCCCUGAAUGAUAAUGAAGAGUUACUCCUUUUCGAAGAUUUUACACCAACAAAGGUUCUUCCUUCAAGCGAUACCGUCGCUGCUGUUGUUGCACCCUCCAUGAAACCAUCAAAGCGGAACAUCAUUGCUGUCGCUCAUCAAGCUGUCGAUAUCAUACAGUCAUCACAAGAGGCGAACUACCUUUACCCAAUUAAAGGUGGUAUUGUUGGUCUUCAUAAUAUGGGAAAUACGUGUCAUUUGAACGUAUGUUUACAUGUUCUGUUCUACAUAUCCGAAGUGAGAACAGAAGUUUUGAAGGUUGCCAAUCAGUCCUCUCCCAUCGUAACAGAGAUGUCAAGUAUCUUUACAAAUUUGAAUUCAUUGAAGUCCAAAGGAUUAGUCUUCGUUCCCCAUGAACUUGCCACAUUACUUGGUAACUCAACAUAUGAGGCACAAGAUUGUGAUGACACGAUGACAAGAUUGAUCACAGAUCUCGGAGAGCAAAUACCAGGAAUCGGUCAACUCUUCCGAAUCACUUACCGUGAUAGUGCCAACGAACAAACAAAUUGCUACUCGAUUCACACCAGAAUUGGAGAACCAGAUCUCGAUCAUGCCAUUCAAUAUCAUUUGUCAACUACAAGGAACACAUCAUGGCCACAAUUCUUGACUUUCGACAUUCAGAGAGAGUGGCAGAAUGAUUCGAUUCAUCAAGUCAUCUUUGACUUCCCGAAAAAGUUGACACUCCCAACAGUCGAAAGGCAAAGAUAUUAA